AUGGAAAAAACGGAGACAAGCACCAACGAGGGUGCGGGGAAAUGGUGGAAAGGGGGCAUGUCAAUAAUCAGGAACAUGAUUCAAAACCAAAAAAAAUUAUUCCCCCAAAGUAAUCUGCAGUAUACCUACAUAAACACAUUUAUAUUGUGUCUGCUUUUUACCUUUAUACAUAAGUAUCUGGAUCAGACUCUUCCCUCCUUGUACAAGUCCAUUGAAAAUGACUUCAACAUUGAUGUGAAAACAUUGUACUACAUGAACACCAUGUACAAGUUGGCGUACUCUGCCUUCAAUUUUUUUUUUGCGCUUUUUUUCGAUUACUCCUUUAAGAAGAUAUUUUUGGAGAAGUAUGAGGAGGCCAGCGCAGGGAAGAACAUCAUCAGCAGCACGAGUGGAAACGCCAAUGGAGAGAGAAACGACGGGGUCAAGGAGGACAGGGUUGGAGGCGUGGAUAGCGGUGUGAGUGACACCCAAUACGAAAUACAAUUCAAGGGAGAGCAGGAGAGCGGCACAAACAAGGCGGCCUGCGUAAAUAGCGGUGUGAAGGUAGUGGAAGAGGAAAAAACAACCAAUGGGGAAAAAAAGAGGCAUAAUAGCACGUAUGUCAGCGACGAAGUAAUUUGGAGUGAGUACAGAUACACACUUAACAUUUUAGUGGUCUCUUCCAUCGUCUACGUGGUAGUCAUUUUUGGCAUCAUGCUGUCAAAUAACUUCCUGUACUUUUUUUUUUUUAUGUUUAUUAUGGGAAUCAACAAUUCAUGUAUAUACAUCUUAAUUCAGAAAAUUUACACAAACAACGUUUUUAGUGAAAACCGAAGUACCAUUUUUGGCUUCCUUCAUUUUUUCUCGUCCAUUUCGCACAUGGUGUCCAUUUCGAUAAACACCAAUCUGAGUAAUAAGUUCUACUUGGGGUUUAAUGGAUGGCGAAUAUGCUACUUCGUAAUAUCCUUCUUUCCGAUACUCGUCUGCAUAUACCUGCUAGGGUUAAUCAAGCAAAAAAAAUUCCAAAGUAGCAGAAGCAAAAACUACAGCUUUAGUUAUUUGGUCUCCUUGGACCACAUGACGGAUAUCUGUCAGGAGAGCGAGAAGGAGGAAAAUUGCUUCAAGAGGGAAAACAACAAAUUGGAGAAUCUCCAGGGUGCAAGCAAGGAAAGGGCAGACCAGAAGAAAAAGAAGAAGAAGAAGAAAGAGGAGGAAGAAAUUUUACUUUUUAAUGCAGAACAGGGUAAACCCUCCAUGGAGGGCAAUUGUGGAGAAGUCAGUGAAAAGGUGGAGGAGCAGAAACAUCAGCAUCAGGAAGAGGGGCAUCGCCAUCUACCCCUUGGAACGAGUAAAAGUUACGACAGCAAGUAUGUGUUACAUAGGGAAGGACUGGCCAAUAUAUCCAAAGCGUGCGACGACACAGCCUAUUUGCAUAAUUCGAGCAAAUUGAGUGUAAGGCACAGCGCAAGUACGAAUGAUGAUUUGAACACCAUUAGUUUAAUAUCGGCGAGCGAAAGGAUAAAUAGUAAUCUUAUUAAGCGAUCCCUUUGCCACAUGGCUUUGAAGAAGGGGAGUUCCCUGAAGGGUACCGCGCUAAAUGUAGACGCCAGUAGAAGUAGCAGCGGGGAAAGUGCAGUUAGCGGGGAGGGAGACUGUACAACUGUGGGAAAGGGGAACUACUCCAAAUGGAGAAAGAAUCAUAUGGAAGACGCAGAUAAAAAGAAGAAAAAAAAAAAAACUUCUCUGGAAGAUGAUGCGAAUGAAAUGACAGGGAAGGGAACAAACUCUGCCUCGUCCCCCUCCUCCAUUUUUGCAAAGCGAAAUGAAGAAAGAGAAAAAUACGAACAUAGAGAAGAAUUGGACAAUCUACUAGAAGAUGACGAAAAGGAAAAAGAUAAAAAGAUGAAGUAUGAAUUUUCAUACCUAUACGAAAUUAAAUACGUUUUUAAAAAUUACAGUUUCUGGUUAAUGAUCACGAUGGGAAUGUUAAAUGGAAUCCCGAAGCAUGUCCUCAGUUUAAUGAUUUAUUUUUUUCAGUAUUGUAAUAUAUCGGAUUUCAGAAGUGGCUUAAUAAUAUCCUUAAGUUGGCUUUGUGCGAGUUUAAUUUCUCCCUUCAUUGGGAUUAUCAGUGAUUAUAUUUAUAAAUUAAACAAAGACAUCAAUCGACAACGGAUAGGAAUGUGUACGCACUGCUUAAGGAUCAUCUUAAUGUUUACGAUGUUUUUUUUUGUGCCCAAGGAAGCGGAUUCUUUUAUAUAUUUUGUUAUAAUUUCUCUUCUUAUGGGUAUUUUAAGUGGGUGGAUAAAUAUAGGCACACAUAAACCUAUCAUAAUUGACAUUGUCAAACAGAGACACACUGCUUUCGUCAUGGCGUUGAUGAGUGCUUUCGAGAACAUUGGGUCUUCCAUCAUUGGCACUUUUUUCCUUUCCUUCCUUCUCAAUCGAUAUAACUAUAUCGACAAGAGGAAGGUCGGUAGUGUCCACGUGAAUGUCAACAGCGUGCACGUUAAUGUCAACAAACACAAUGUCCAUGUUUUAUCCGACGUCCUGCUAAUCUUGACUUGCUUCCCCUGGUUGAUAUCUUUCUGCCUCCUCUACGUGCUCAAGUUUACCUACAAGAAGGAUAAGCUGUACAACAAUUUGUUUUAG